AUGUCCGCUAUACUACAAGAGGUACAAAGAAAGCUAAUUUUUCCAAUAGAUUUUCCUAGCCAGCGAAAAACAGAAAAACUUCAGCAAUUAUCACUCACGAUCGGAGCCGUAUUAGCAUGUAUAUUAGGAUUUGCACAACAGUCUUUAAAUGUUUUGUUAGUUGUGUAUGGAAUAAGUUGUGCGGUUACUUUAAUAUUUGUUUUACCAGCUUAUCCAUGGUAUAAUAAACAGAAAUUGAGAUGGGUACAACCAAAAAUUGAAAUCAAUGUCGACCAAUACGACUAA